GUCCCCCAAUAAGAGUCACUCUUCCCACUUACCAUUUUUGGACAUCAAAAUUACCCUUCAUUACACCAAAAGUCAAAGGGGCCCCACAUUUCACUACCUAACUCCAUUUAUUACACCACACAUUCAAACUUUUCCUUAAAACUCGUGCCGAGUCAAAGAGUGACUCAAAUUGGGGGACGGAGGGAGUAAAUUAUAAUCUACUUCACUACAGUUAUACUCCGGCUGAAGCCGAAUUAACCAAAAUGAGUCUUAUGAUUGUCCCAUCCAACACACAGAUUCUCAACUGAAGCCGAAUUCCCACUUGCACUAACAGCAACACCGGCUGAACAUCGAGUCACUGCAAAUCCCUUUUCUGCGUGCGCUUGAUUUUACAUUGACAUGGACGACCCGUUCCUCUCCGGUAGAGCUCUCCCUCCGCCGGAAAACAAUGAAAUCUGCAGUUCUCCGCCGCCCAUCACCUCAUCAUCCAUACCUUUACAGACCCAUGACCCAGAAAGCCCACAGUCAUGGCUGAUUGACCCCAAUUACACACCCUCAACGACCAACCUUCACCGCUCCAAAACAGCACCAGCUAUGUCCACAAUCAAUGAAAUUCACCAUUGCUCGCAUCCGAAGCCUCCGCCGCAGUUUGCCACACCCUCCAUCAUAAAGCAGGGAGUGAUUUUCUUGAUCAUUUACUUGAGCUUUGGUGUGGUUAUAUGCGCUUUGAAUAUGGACUCCUUCACGACCCACCCCGUUGUAGAUGCUUUGUAUUUCUGCAUUUUGACUAUGUGUACAAUUGGUUAUAGUGAUAUUACUCCUGAUAGCGCUGUGACCAAGCUGUUUUCCUUCGCUUUUGUGCUUGUGGGAUUCGGUUUCAUCAAUAUUUUGCUAAGUGGGAUGGUUAGUUACAUGCUUGAUAAGACUAUCAGGAGUGGGGGUGUUCAUGAUCCUACCUCUUACAUCAUCGAUGUGAGGAUACAGAUGAAAGUGGCGUUGGCAUUAGGCGUUGUGGCUCUUUGCAUUGGAGUAGGGGUUGUUGUGAUGCAUUUUGUAGAAAGGCUUGAUUUGUUGGAUUCAUUCUAUCUGUCUGCUACCACCGUUGGAGUCGGAGAUGAGGCGUUUAAGUCUUUGCCCGGGAGGCUUUUUGCUUCAGUUUGGUUGCUCGUGUCGACUCUUGCUGUUGCUAGAGUCUUCCUCUACUUGACUGAGCUGAGGGUUGAGAGGCAGCACAUGAGGAGGAUGGCUCAGUGGGUGCUCAGGCAGGAUAUGACUUUCGCGCAGUUUAUUGAUGCAGAUAUUGAUAACAAAGGCUAUGUGUCUAAAUCCAAAUUUGUAGUUUACAAGCUCAAGGAGAUGGGAGAGGUAUAAGAGACAGACAUUUUGCAGAUAUGCAAACAGUUUGAACGCCUAGAUGCAAGAAACUGCGGAAAGAUAACCCCUGCAGAUCUUAUGGAAAUCCAUCAUUGAUUCAUAAUUACACAAGAUGAACUUCUCUCCUUCAUUCAUCUUUGAUACAACUUUCUUCCAACUCUAGACAAUUCAGUCGCGGGGCAAUGAUUAUGCAGCUUCCCGCGCAGAUGAGACGAGCAACGGUUAGAUGCUCGGAUCCUACAACUUGCUCAUCGUUGUGAUAAAAAUCAUGGAUUAAAUAUGCCCGGUCAAUGGAUUUUGACCAAAUAAUAAAAGUGACGAGACAUUUAAUUUUGUGAAAUUAAAUGA